AUCUUUUCAAUUUCCCUCUCUUUCCUUUCUUCACUGUUGCUCUAUUUUUCUCAAAACUCAAAAACCCUCUCUCGCACUGACACACUUCACUAUACUACUACAGUACUACUCCCAGUCUCUCUCCUCCAAAAUCUCAACUUCUGCUCCCCAAAUGCUGGUUUUGUUGGUGGUCUGAAAUCCCUCCCCAGAAUUGAAAAUUUUAAAGAAGAACAAAAGCAUGGCGCCAAGUCAAAAAGUUAAGGCAGCUUUUAAAGCGAUGAAGGAUAUUGGCAUUCCAGAAGAAAAAACGAAACCUGCUCUGAAAAAGCUACUAACAUUAUUUGAGAAGAAUUGGGAUCUGAUUGAAGAAGAAAAUUAUAGAGUCCUGGCAGAUACUAUAUUUGAGUAUGAAGAUUCGGAGGCUGCAGAGAAAGAGAAAAAGAAGAUACCAGGGAACGUUGAUCAAGGGGAGGUUUUUGAGGAAGCAGCUCAGAUGCAGGAUGAGGUGCAGGACGAGCCCGAGAGGCCACUGAAAAGGUUGCGCUUAAAACACCAAGGUCAAGCUGCACCGUCUCAUGGCCAACAUAGCCCCUCAUCUGCUUGUGCAUUGAAGACACCUAAACCGGAGCCUGGGGAGCCUGAAGCUUCUCCCAGUCAACAAGUCCGACCUUUGACAGGACCACCUCAGCCUGUUGUGUUUACACGAAACAAGGGGAAACAACCUGUUUCGCCUCAAGUCUGUCAGAAAGAUAAAAGAACUGCACCUGAACGGACAUCUCAAGCACUGCAGAUCAAGGAGCCAGGUGUUACUCCUAGGCAAAAGCAGCCUACCCUGAUAAUACCCAAAGAUGAGCCGUUUACUGAUGACAUGGUGUCACUUGAGCCUCUCGCUGUAGUCCGUCCAGACCGAACGCAGAAGGAAGUUCCUUCAAACUCCACUAACCCAGCUGGGAGCCAGGCAGAAUGCGUGCAUCCGGAGGUCUCAAAAUCUAUAAACGGUGUUGAUAAAGGUCUGGAAACACUGGCAUCACCAAGUUCUGAAGAGAACCAAAUCCAGGAAGCUGAUGUUUCCAAGAAAAGUCCAGCUAACAUAGACAUCGCAGCUUCAUCUCUGGGAGAGGUGAAGUUAUCUUUGAGCUGCAACCCUCGUCCGGAAGCAAAUGGUUUCUGUUUUCCAGAUUUACAAGCAGUAUUGAAGAAAGUCAAUGAUAACUGUCUAACAAAGUACAAAAUCAUGGAUCCAGAAUUUUCUGUUAUUAAAGUAAUGGAGGAAUUCUGCGAAUAUGCUGGGAAGCUGGGUACAAAAGUUGAUGGCGUGCAUCAAGAAAGGGCUGAUAACAUGGUUGUGGUUAUGGACACCAAUCCAACAUCAGCUUCCAAUAGUGAACCAGCAUGUGUGCAGUCUGAUGAUCAAUCUGUUGAAAAGGAUUCUAUUGUUGCAGACUUGAAUACGAAAAGCUUGGUAGUUGUCCAGCAGCAGCAGCAGCUCAACCCCAGUUCUAUGCAAAUUCUUGAUGUUACAAGUGACAUCACAAGGGGCAUGGAAACAGUUAAAGUUUCACUAGAAAAAUCAGAUUGUGAUUCUUUACCAUUGUUUCAUUAUAUUACCCAAAAUGUUGUCGCACAUAAGGCUGAUAUUAAUUUUUCUCUUGCUCAAAUUGGUGACCAAGAUUGUUGCCAAUCUUGCGUUGGUGACUGCUCAGCGUUGUCCCCAUUAUGCAACUGUGCUAGACGUGGUGGAGGGGAGUCCUCAUACACGUCAGAUGGUCUAGUGACGGAAGAGUUUUUGGACAAGUGCAUUUCAAUGGUCCAGAACCCUGAGAAAGACUACCUUGUGUAUUGUAAAGAGUGUCCACUUGAGCGGUUGAAGAAUGAGGAUCCCGAUCCUUGCAAAGGUCACUUGAAACGCACAUUCAUUAAAGAAUGUUGGACUAAGUGUGACUGCAACAAGAACUGUGGAAAUCGAGUUGUACAACAUGGCAUAAGCCAUGAGUUGCAGGUGUUCUGGACUGGAGAAGGGAAAGGUUGGGGUUUAAGGACACUGGAAGAUCUGCCGAAAGGGAGUUUUGUUUGUGAAUAUGUUGGAGAAGUUUUGACUAGUUCAGAACUCCAUGAGAGGAAUUUGAGAGAAAGCAAUGACAAACAUUCAUAUGCAGUGCUUCUUGAUACAGAAUGGGGUACAAGAGCGUUAAAAGAAGCUGAGAUUCUCUGUUUGGAUGCCACAGUGUAUGGAAAUGUUGCAAGGUUCAUCAAUCAUAGAUGUUCAGAUGCAAACUUAAUUGAGAUCCCAGUUGAAGUGGAGACCCCUAAUCACCACUACUAUCAUGUUGCACUGUUUACAACGAGAAAAAUUAGUGCUUUUGAAGAAUUGACAUGGGAUUAUGGUGUUGAUUUUGAUGAUGGUGAGCAUCAUAACAAAGCAUUCCGGUGUCUUUGUGGCAGCAACUUUUGCCGCAACAUGAAACGGUCCAGCAGAUCUAGGUCUACCUUAACUUUACAAUGAAAGCAUGUGUAAUGACCGAGGAGGAAGCUCGUUAGCUUGUGACGUCUUUUGUUACUAAUACUUUAUCAAACGAGACUGGUUUUUGCUGUUCUGCGACUUACCUAGUGUUUAGAUAGUAAUAUUUAGGACAAGUGAAUAUCUAGUGCAGCCGCGCAGAGCAGUGUGCUUGUCUUCAUGUACAGUGGGUAUACAUUCCCAAAAGCAUUUUGGAUUGUGACUAGAAAAUGCACUCUUCAAUAGUUGCAGAAGAAUCUUCAAGUUAAAUUCUAUGCUUUCUUUAAGCAAAUUGUAAUUUACUGUAAGACUUGAAAGAGUCUCCAUUCUGGCCCAUGUUAAUUUCUUCUGGUAGAAACUGUUGUUUUUCUCGAAAGUUGGGUUACAGGAUGAUGGGAAAUGUUGUUUUGAUAGGGCCGGGUUGUAUUAAGUACUCAAUUCUAAUCAAGCCUAUCCAGAUUCUAGUGGCUGGUUUUGAA